AAAACAUAGUUAAAGGAGCUAAUAUUAGAACAUUACUUAUUUAAAAAACAAAGUAAUACAGUAAAUCCUUUGAAAAUGUACUUACCUUACGCGCAAUUACCAGAUCCAACAAAUAAAUUUGAAAUUUAUGAGGAAAUUGCACAGGGAGCCAAUGCUAAAGUCUUUCGUGCGCAGGAACUAGAUAAUGAAAGGACUGUUGCCCUAAAAAUACAACAUUAUGAUGAUGAACAUCAAGUCGCAAUAGAGGAGGAGUAUCGAACUUUACGUGACAAUUGCAAUAGUCCUUAUUUACCAGAGUUUUAUGGUGUCUAUAAAUUAUCUAAACAACAUGGACCGGAUGAGAUUUGGUUUGUUAUGGAGUUUUGUAGUGGUGGAUCGGCAGUCGAUAUGGUUAAUAAAUUACUUAAGCUGGAACGUCGUAUGCGUGAAGAGCAUAUUGCUUAUAUAAUACGAGAAGCUUGUCGCGGUGCUAUAGAAUUAAAUCGUAAUCAUGUACUUCAUCGUGAUAUACGAGGUGAUAAUAUAUUGUUGACCGAUGAUGGACGUGUUAAGCUUUGUGAUUUUGGGCUAUCACGGCAAGUAGAUUCGACUUUGGGUAAACGUGGUACAUGCAUUGGUUCACCAUGUUGGAUGGCACCAGAGGUUGUUGCUGCUAUGGGUGCAAAGGAACCAGAGAUUACAACAAGAGCUGAUGUAUGGGCUCUUGGUAUUACAACAAUUGAAUUGGCUGAUGGUAAGCCACCAUUUGCUGACAUGCAUCCAACUCGUGCCAUGUUUCAAAUUGUCCGCAAUCCACCACCGACUUUGAUGCGACCAUCCAAUUGGUCACAGCAGAUUAAUGAUUUUAUUUUGGAGUGCUUGGAAAAAAAUGCAGAAAAUCGACCAAUGAUGGUGGAGAUGGUUGAGCAUCCAUUCUUAACAGAACUUUUUGAGAAUGAUCAAGAGAUGCAAAAUGAUUUACGUGAGUUACUGCAAUUUUGCAGUGAAGUUAAAUAUCUUUACAAGGAACCGGAAAUUUUUGUCGAUUGCGGUUAUAUCAAGAGAUUUGAUGCAAAACCAGAAAGAAUGUAUCCAGAGGACUUAGCAGCUAUAGAAAAUCCUGUUGAGGAUCUUAUUUUAGAAUCACUAAGACACCGCAUUGAGCUUGGUGGUAAUUACAGCUUUAUAGGAGACAUUUUGCUCUCUCUUAAUUCAAAUAGCUUAGCUGAUUCAUUUUCUGAAGAGUUUCACUCCAAGUAUAAAUUUAAGUCCCGUUCUGAAAACUCACCACAUAUUUUUGCUGUGGCUGAUAUUGCUUAUCAAGACAUGCUGCAUCAUAAAGAACCUCAACAUGUUAUAUUUUCUGGUGAAAGUUAUUCUGGCAAAUCCACAAAUGUACGUUUGAUGAUCAAUCAUCUCUGUUAUUUGGGAUCGGGCAAUCGCGGUGCUACUGUACGAGUGGAAAACUCGAUUAAAGCUAUAUUAAUGAUGGUAAAUGCGGGUACUCCGAUAAAUAAUGAUUCCACACGAUGUGUCAUGCAAUACUUUUUAACUUUUGGCAAAACGGGAAAAAUGAGUGGAGCGGUCUUUAAUAUGUACAUGUUGGAGAAACUACGUGUAUCUACAACGGAUAUAAAUCAACACAAUUUCCAUAUAUUUUACUAUUUUUAUGACUUUAUAAAUAAAGAGGGUCGACUUAAGGACUAUUCUCUUAAGCCGGAGCGUGGUUAUCGUUACUUACGUAUACCAGCUGAGUUCCAACCGCAAAAGCUUAGAUAUGUACGAGAUGAUCCAAUAGGCAAUGCAGAACAUUAUAAAACGUUUGAAACUAUUCUCGAGGACUUGGAUUUCAAUUACAAACAAUUGGAAACAGUUCGCAAGGUCUUGGCGGCCAUACUUAAUAUAGGCAAUAUUCGUUUCCGUCAGUCGGGAAAAUUUGCUGAAGUUGAAAACACGGAAAUUGUUUCACGUAUAGCUGAGUUGCUGCGUGUGGACGAAAAGAAAUUUAUGUGGUCUUUAACCAAUUUCAUUAUGGUAAAAGGUGGUAUAGCGGAACGUCGUCAAUACACCACAGAAGAAGCACGGGAUGCGCGUGACGCUGUUGCUUCCACAAUUUACUCGCGAUUGGUGGAUUGGAUCAUAAACAAGAUUAAUAUUAAUAUGUCAUUUCCGAGAGCAGUUUUUGGUGAUACUAAUACAAUCAUUCUACAUGAUAUGUACGGGUUUGAAUGUUUCCAUCGAAAUGGAUUGGAGCAAUUAAUGAUUAAUACCUUGAACGAACAAAUGCAAUAUCACUACAAUCAACGCAUAUUUGUUAAUGAAAUGUUGGAAAUGGAAGCUGAUGAUAUUCCAGCUGUUAGUUACAAUUUUUACGACAACAAAACUGUAUUAGAUAAUUUAUUGACUAAACCAGAUGGUCUUUUCUAUAUAAUCGACGAUGCAUCACGUACAAGUCAGGACCAGGAUUUAAUAAUGGAUCGCAUAUCAGAGAAGCACAGCCAAUUUGUAAAGAAGCACACUGGUACCGAAAUUUCAGUUGCUCACUAUACCGGUCGCAUUAUAUACGAUACACGAGCAUUUACUGACAUAAACAGAGAUUUUGUGCCACCAGAAAUGAUUGAAACAUUCCGCUCAUCGUUGGAUGAAAACGUAAUGCUGAUGUUCACCAAUCAGCUUACUAAGGCCGGCAACUUAACAAUGCCCUUUGAAAAUGUGCAACACAAAUCUGAGGACAUGCAAAGAAAAUCUUAUGCUCUGAACACCCUUUCGGCUGGCUGUAUAUCCCAAGUGAACAACUUGCGUACAUUAGCUGCCAACUUUCGUUACACUUGCUUGACAUUACUCAAGAUUCUUAGCAAUGGUGAACAUUUAGGAGUACACUUUGUGCGUUGCAUACGAGCGGAUCUCGAAUAUAAGCCGUUUGGCUUCCAUACAGAUUUGGUUCAACAACAAAUGAAGGCUUUGGGUGUUUUAGAUACCAUUAUUAGUAGGCAACAAGGCUAUUCAAGCAGAAUAUCAUUCCAAGAUUUUCUUAAACGAUAUCAGUUUUUGGCUUUUGAUUUUGAUGAAAAUGUUGAAGUAACGAGAGAUAAUUGUCGUCUUUUGCUACUGCGUCUGAAAAUGGAAGGUUGGGCUAUUGGAAAAACAAAGGUUUUCUUACGUUACUACAAUAAUGAGUUUUUAGCACGAUUGUAUGAAGUUCAAGUCAAGAAAGUCAUAAAGGUGCAGUCCAUGAUGCGUGCUUUUGUUGCUCGAAAACGCGUUAAAACUGGCCCAGGUGGAGAAGCUAAAGGAAAGCCUGGCCGUCAAAAUGAUGCAGCAUUCACAAUUCAGAAAGCUUUUCGAGGCUUCCGUGAACGACAACGCUACCAUCCCUUAGUGAAUGAGAAAACGGGGCAGGUCAAUGAAGAGACUGCAGAUUUUAUACGCCACUUUGCGAAAAAGUGGCGAGAGAAGUCCAUGUUUCAAGUGCUGUUGCAUUACCGAGCGGCAAGAUAUCAAGAUUUUGUUAAUCUAUCUCAACAGAUACAUUUAUAUAAUCAACGUGUAGUAGCAGGUCUUAACAAGUGUACACGUAACGUUCCAUUUGAUCGAAUCAAUACACGAGAAAUUCAUUCAAAUCAAUUGGGUCCUAUGCCAAUGCCUAUGAAGAAACUAUGUUUUCGUUUGGAUCAAAUUCCAUUCUACGAUACUAAAUAUAUGGUAGAUCCGGUAAACUUAAUAUCACGUCAAUCAUUUCCAGGCGCUUUGUUAUCACUUGAAGACGAAGAAUCUUGGGAUAGUCCUUUACAAAGAAAUCCUUCCAUGACAUCCUGUCUACUAACUUAUAAUGCAUAUAAAAAAGAACAAGCAUGUCAAACCAACUGGGAUCAUUUUGGUGAGGAUGAUCUCAUUUACAAUCAGAAUUUCUAUCGUGAUCCACAGUUACUGCGAAGAUCUCAAAUGCAGAAGAAAAUGAAUUCCUAUAGUGUUUUUAAUAGCCACCACAACAAUUAUAGUAAUCAAAAUUGGGGAAAUCGAAGUGGUUCUCGUCGAAACUCCCUUAAAGAUUAUGCAGCACCACCACCACCACCGAUGCCUGAUAAAAAUAGAUAUCGGCAUGAUUCGGCAAUUAAUACAAGUCCAAGUUAUAAGAAUCGUUUUUCUUUUACACCAACAGAUCACGUACGUGAACUAAAAGAUAUGGAGCGAUACUCUAGUAAUGCGGAUAAUUCUGAUGAUGCACCUUUCAACUUUAAAGCAAUUUUACGCAAAACGAAUUAUCAAAAACCAGCGUCAUCAACAACCUAUAAAUUCAAUAGUCGUAUUGACUCCGAAAAUAACGAUUCAUAUAGUAGACAGCAACCAUUUCAGAAUGUGAAACUAAAUCCUAUAGGACGACGAUAUAAUGAGAAUGUUAACAAUUCUUACAAUGGUGUCGCACAAGGAGAAACGAUGACUAGAGAACAAAAAAAAUUUGAAAAUAAUAAUGCAAAAUCAUUUGAAGAGACUGGGUCAUAUGUAGAAGAAGAAAUUGCGCCUGGAGUUACCCUAUCCGGAUAUGCUGUUGAUAUAUAAAUCUUUUCCAAUUGAUCAAGUCUAACUAACUAUUCAUUCAUUAAUGAAAAUAUAAAUAUUAAUAAUUGUAAUAAAUAUAAGAAAAGAGUUAGCUUGGGCUUUGCCGAAGCUUGAAUAUUCCUCACAUUCACAUUGAACCAACAACUUAGUAUUAAAUUACUUUUUAUAGAAAUUUUAAAAAUUUCAAUCAAGUUAUACAGACAUAUAUUUAUUAUGUUAAAUCUAAUAAAGGAAAUCUUUAUUUCAAUCUCGA